AAAAAGAAAGAACGAAACGUACAACAGGGCUGUCUUUCUGAUCUGUGAACACGACGCCAUUUAUUGAAACUACAGCUGGCUGAUUUUCAGUUAUAAUUUUUCGUUUUUAUUGCUGCCUAAAAAAUAGUAAAUUUAUAUUAUUUGAAGUAGAUUUUAUCAUUUUUAACUGUGGCGUCUGCAUGAUGGCAGGAAACGCGGAAAUCAAGCCUGAAUCUUUGCCAGAUUUAGAUGAUCUAUUGCAAUGUCCUGUGUGCUAUGAGAUCCCUUCUGGACAGAUUUUUCAAUGCAAUGAAGGUCAUCAUGUUUGUGGGAGAUGUAAAGUGCGGCUUGACAUGUGUCCAGUUUGCCGUGCUUUAUUUUUUGGAACACGAAAUUAUGCUAUGGAAGAGCUCAUAGCAAAUGUCAGAAAACUGCAUGCUUUUAAAUUAGGUGGGAAGGUAACAACAGGGGCAGAAUCUGUAGAGAGUUCGCCGCCUGCAGUUGCAGCAUCUAUAGAGCCUGAGACUAUUCCUGCCGAAAAUGAUGAAAACAAUUCUGAGGCUUCAACUCGUUCGUUACACAGAGCUCCUCAACCAUGCAAGGGUUUGUUCCGUUGUCUUUGCUGCAAAAAUGGCAAUGGAGAACGCCUGCCAGCUGCUCGUUUGCUGAACCAUCUACGUUAUUUUCACUCUCCUGAUCUGAUUGAGGGUCAAUCAGAUGACGGAAGAGAGUAUGUCCAACUGUGGCAAUUUUCCACAGCUCCAGGCAGAAUUGUCACUGCAGUGCGAGUUGCAGACAUGGGCAUAUUCUUUCUUGUUAUUGAAAUAAGUAACGAUUCAGUUUGUGCUUGGCUGUCAAUGGCGGCGUCACCGUGGGUAGCGCAAGUGUUUUCUUACUCAGUUACGAUAUCAGGAAACGAUCGGGAAGCAAUUUUUUCAGACAGUGUAUGGUCCGUUAGAUCGUGUGAAGGUUCACUGAAGAAACGCGGUCACUGUUUGAUGGUGACCGGAUUAGACGCUCGCGCUUUAGUCGCGCCUGCCGCCAUUAGCGGUAAACUGUGCGUCCGACGCACGCCUAUGGAUCAGCUAGCGCAUCAGACACAGCCACGGGCCGUCCUUCGUGUGGCCAGCCGUGGCAACGAUCGCGACAACGGUCUAGCCCCUGUAUCUCACGACCUAGAACCCUUCCUACAAGAUUUACAAAAUGAUGUCGCUCGGCUAUCCCGUGCAUUCGCUACACUCGGUCGCGAAGCUAAUGCUUUGGUACGCUCAGAAGCAGAAAUGAGGUCUAGAAUUCAAAAUAGCACUAGAGGCAACCAUACGGCUGCUGUACCGCGUACAGCUGCCGCAGCACGUACGGCUGCAGCCUCCGCCGAAGUGGUACCAAAUGUUAAUAAUGAGGACGAUAACUCUGAACGUCCGCAUUUGUCCCGAAAUGCACGUAGACGGAUGCGGCAGAGAAUAAGGGCGGCGCUUAACGCAACUCAACCUCCAGUAGAACAACCCGAAAGUGCUGUUGUGUCAAAUGUCCGAAUGGCCAUAUCGCGUAGACAGCACGGUGCACUUCAGAAUAUGGUACAUCCACCACCCUCGCCUCCAGUGCGCCCAGCCCUGUCUCCAGACCUGGUUCCACUCCUGCGUCCAAGCCUGCGUCCAGUCUUGCCUCCAGUCCCGCGUCCAGUCCCCCCUCCGGUUCCUCCUCCAGUCCCGCCGGUAUUCGGUAGUGGGCCGUCACAAGAGCAUUCGCAGAAUGGAAAUAAUGUCCGCACGAACAAGAAGCGCCGACAACGUAGAUAAAUCAUUAUAACAUUGUUUAGUGUGUAAGUAAUUAAUUUGGUAAUUGUUAUUGACUGCUCUUUUUAGAGUUUCAACAUUUCCUCUGGGGGUUUCUACUGUGUUAAAAUACAUGAGUUGUAAAUAUUUUCGUCUUUUGACAAUCGCAAUUUUUACAAGUGCUGUGAUAUAUGUAACGUAUGGCAGAGUCGUGCUAUGAAUUAAUACUUAAUAAAUUACUUAAAUGUCCCCAGAGUGACUAAUGAUUUUGUGAAUCAAGUAUAUUGUUAUCAUAAUAACUUUAUUUCAGAUAAUGAAAUGCAUUUUAAUGUAUUAUUAUUGAUUAUGAUAUUGUCAUUAUAUUCCUAUAAUAACAAUUUGACUAGUGGAUAGAAUUAAAUGAAUGUGCUUGUUUUAUCCUUGUAAUCGUGGAUUAUGUUGUAGAGUUACUACCAUGUUUAAAUAAAAUAACUGUUAAUGGACUUGGAAAAAACAUAUAGUUGUAAAUUACAUUAUA